ACAAGAGCUUCCCCCCCCCCCCCUUCUCCGAUCUCCCUCUCCGGUCACUCAUCUCUCCCCUCCAUCUCUCUCUCUCUGCAUAUCCUAUUCUUUCUAGGGUUCUUCCAAUUACUCUCUCUCGCUCCCAAAGACCGAGACUUUAUUAGGGGUAUUGAACCUCAAAGCUGGCUUUUUCUCUCAAGGGUUCUGGUUCAGCGAUACAAACUCUCUCCGAUUCCAAUCCUAGGGUUUCCAAUUUUCUUUCUUUCCGAUUCCUCAUCUUGUUCAGUACGUGAUUACAUAUCGCAGCGCACAAUUUUGGGUUCCAAUUCGUUUUCUGGGUUACUUCGGAGAUUUGGUAAAGAUUGCAGCUUUAGGGUUUUGAUCAGUUAGUUAAUCAUCACUAGAAAAUUGGGGAAUUUGGUUGUGUGAGGUUUCUGGGUGUUUGAGAAUCACCUUCCCUAUGGCUUCAUACAGGCCAUUCCCGCCUCAACCGGCGUUUCCGCCACCGCCGCCGAAUCAAAACCCCAUAGCGCCGCCGCCACGCGGCAAUCAGUAUAACCAGAAUUGGGGUUAUAAUGCCGGUGGCGGCGGCGGAGAUGGGGCUGUGCCGGCCGCUCCUUCUUCAUACCCCCAAAACUACAUUCACCACCCUCAUAGUAAUUAUGGUCCUCCUAGAGCUCAGCAUCCUCACCCACCACCGCAAUACUCGUACCCGCCGCCACCGCCUCCUCCGCCGGACUCCUCAUACCCACCUCCGCCGCCUCCUCAAGCUCCUCCGGGGAAAAAUAUGCCCCUUCAGCCUCCGCAAGCCCCAAUGUACUACCAGUCUAACUCUCAAUAUGCACAGUAUAGUCACCAGGCAAUGCAGCCACCGCCGCCUCCGCCGCCGCCUUUGUCUCCUAGUUCGUCUAUUCCACCGCCACCCCCGCCUCCGAAUUCUCCACCGCCUCCCCCGCCGCCGCAGAGUAGGGAGAGUGGUUUCGAUAAGGGGCCAGACUACAAAGGGGCUUCCAAGGAGGUGGGAGCUUCUGCUGCCAAGCGGGAACAUGGGCAUUCGAACCAUCAUGGGAUUCCUCAUAAACACAAGCCCCCUGUUCCGUUGGUGCCGGUGAAGAAGUCAAAUGGGCCGCCGGGGAGGGUGGAGACGGAGGAAGAGAGGAGGUUGAGGAAGAAGAGGGAGUUUGAGAAGCAAAGACAAGAGGAGAAGCAUAGGCAGCAGCUGAAGGAGUCCCAAAAUUCGGUUUUGCAGAAGACACAUAUGUUGUCGUCCGGGAAGGGACAUGGAUCGAUUGCAGGGUCACGAAUGGGGGAAAGGAGGGCCACUCCAUUCUUGAGUGGUGAGAGGGCUGAAAAUAGGCUAAAGAAGCCAACAACAUUUGUGUGCAAGUUGAAAUUCCGGAACGAACUUCCAGAUCCAAGUGCACAACCCAAGCUCAUGUCCAUGAAGAAAGACAAAGAUCAAUAUACAAAAUACACGAUUACAUCGUUAGAGAAAAAUUACAAGCCCAAGCUUUUUGUUGAGCCAGAUCUUGGGAUACCUCUUGACCUGCUUGACCUCAGUGUGUACAAUCCUCCUCCCGGUCCUAGACCACCACUUGCACCAGAAGACGAGGAAUUAUUGCGUGAUGAUGUAGCAGUGACCCCUGUUAAAAAAGAUGGCAUCAGAAGAAAAGAGCGACCUACGGAUAAAGGAGUUGCAUGGCUGGUUAAAACACAAUAUAUUUCUCCUCUUAGCAUGGAUUCAGCAAAACAGUCUCUAACAGAAAAACAAGCAAAAGAAUUGCGGGAAAUGAAGGGAGGACGCAAUCUUUUGGACAACCUUAAUGAUAGGGAGAGGCAGAUAAAGGAAAUUGAGGCAUCCUUUGAGGCCUGCAAGUCGCGCCCUGUUCAUGCAACCAAUAAAAAUCUAUACCCUGUUGAGAUUCUACCUCUUUUGCCUGAUUUUGAGCGGUAUGAUGACCAAUUCGUCCUUGCUGCAUUUGAUGGUGCUCCCACUGCUGAUUCAGAAAUCUACAGCAAGUUGGAUCAGUCUGAUCAUGAUGUCUGUGAAUCAAGGGCAAUUAUGAAAAGUUAUAAGGUGACAGGUGCAGACCCAGCUAAUCCAGACAAAUUUUUGGCGUACAUGGUCCCUUCUCCAAACGAGCUAUCAAAGAAUCCAUAUGAUGAAUCUGAAGAUGUUUCAUAUUCUUGGGUUCGCGAGUAUCAGUAUGAUGUAAGAGGUGACGAUGUUGAUGAUCUCACCACAUACCUUGUAUCAUUUGAUGAAGAUGAAGCACGCUAUGCGCCUCUUCCAGCAAAGCUUGUUUUGAGGAAAAAAAGGGCCAAAGAGGGAAGAUCCACUGAUGAGGUUGAACAUUUUCCUGCACCUUCAAGAGUGACUGUCAGGCGGAGGUCAACUGUUUCUGCAAUUGAACUAAAGGAUGCAGGGGAUUAUUCGAGGGGAGCUCUAUCAAAUUCGAAAAGAAGAGGGUUUGAUAAUGAAGAUGCCCUUGAAAGACCACAGAAGAGGGUACGACACCAAGAUGUUGAUGAAUAUAGUGGUGGUGACGAUGAUUUAUCUGAUUGAUGUCAUUGUUGGGCUAAAUGUUGCGGAUUGUCAUGAAGGCUUGCAGACUGGUGCCAACUCAUUUGGGAUUGUUUCCAAAUUGUGAUCAGAUCUUGCUGUGAAGUAAAGGUGAACUAGUUCUGUCUGAACUAGUUUGCAGUCAGUUAUUUGGAUGUCCGUUUGAACCUUAAAUUAUCAACAUAUAUCUUUAGGCAUAACUCAUCUUUGCUCAAAUACCAUCAAAAGGGAAAGAUGAAAAAGGAACCUUGUAAAGAAGUUAGACAUGUUGAGUAAGGUGCUGUCAAGUUUAUCCAGAAAAGAAUAGGUUUUCUGGUUUUCACAGCCAUUGUAACUGCUACUUUCAGGUAAUUAAAUGUAUUGGGGUCAUUUCCAUUUUAGCUCCCA